UAAGUGGCAUAUCUUCAGUUCCUGUUCUUUAGUUAGUGUUUGUUUGGCUUCAACUUCUGCUCCCGUAGCCUAAUCAUGUCUUUCAAUUUCAAUGGCACCUGGAAACACACCAGCAAUGACAACUUUGACAAUUACAUGAAGGCAUUGGGGCUGGACUUUGCUACAUGCAAUAUAGGAAACCAUGCGAAGCCACUGAAGAUAAUUACACAGAACAAUGACUCAUUUACCAUCCACACCAUUAAUGCUUUCCAAGAGGACUUUGUCCAGUUCAGAAUUGGAGAAUGGUUUGAAGAAGAUAAUAAAAGCCUGGACAAUAGAAAAUGCAGGAGUUUGGUUACCUGGAACAAUAACAAGCUUGUCUGCAGACAGACUGGAGAGAAGAGCAAUCAGGGCUGGACUCACUGGAUUGAAGGAAAUAAUCUCUACCUGGAGCUCCGCUGUGAGGACCAGGUUUGUAAACAGGUUUACAGGAGAGCAUGAUUUCUGAUCUGCACUGAUAGCCAAGUUCAACUCUGAAUAUGUAACUCAACGAACCAUGAUAUUUAACUGUACAUGAGGUAUAGAACACACCAGAGUUCAAAACUGCCUGACAGGGAUGUUGGUUUUCUUUCACUCCUAACACCUGUUGUACUUGAUCCAUUCGUAGCAUACAUGUAUCCAAAGAAGUUGACUUGCUGUUAC